GUCAACACCGCCUUUGUUUUGCUAACGCUAACGCUGGUUUUAAAUAGGCAAUGUAGCAUGCUCGUCAGCGUUUGCACGAUAAUAUAUUCUCGGUCGUAACUUGAUUUUGAGAGAGUGAAUUUAAACCAAUGCAUUCCGGGAGCUAAAGCUAACCGAGUUGGAGAAGUUUUUUAAAACCAAAUGAUGGUUAAGCUAACUGUUAGCAUAACAGCUAGCGUUACGUUCGUGUAACAUUGGGUUAAAAGACAGACCGAGCUAGCGUUAGUUCACAAACAUGGAAACAAAGUACCCCGCCUUGAAGAGACCAAAGAGGAAACUCUGCUAUCUCACAAACAAGGAAAGUUCAUCUAAAGCAUGGACCGAACCACUGACAUUGGAUGUAAUUGAUAAGAUGUUUGAUGACAUUGAUCCAUCCUCACUUGUUAAUGAUGACCUGUUACCUCCACCUACUCUGCUCCAGACCUUUGAUACCGAGCCAAACCAGUGUGAGAGAGAGACCUCACCUGUCCCACAGGAAGGACACCUAACAGAAACAUUUCCAAGAUGCCAAAUGCAUCCUAAACUAGAUGCCCUGCGUCCUGCAACGUCAUCCAGUCCUAAACUAGACAUUGAAUUGGACAUCCCAUUCAAAGCACAUAUGCCUGUGAAGACGUCCAGCCCAAUUGAAUUAAAAAAGGUUGUUGAAAAGCUGAACAAUGAGAAAGACCGAGUUGUAUCCACAAUUCUCUUUGCUGAUGAAGAUGACGGAAAAGAAGAGGCAAAGACAGAUUCUCUGCUCAUCCAGGAACACCAGUGCAAUGAGCACAGCACAGAGAAAAAUGAUUACUCUGAGUUAGAGUCUCCUCCAAGCAAGGUGGUUUUCAGCAAACCCAAGAUGUCCAGUCACCAAAACAAGGUGGAGGAAUCAUGCAAAGAGAGUCACCCAGUUAAAGAAAAAACAAUAUCCAAGAUACUCCAAACUCCUGCUUUGGAGGGCAAAAAAACAAGGGAAGAAAAUGCAGUUCCAGCAGCAAGACAGGAGACUAAACGUUCAAAAAUAUCUGAAAAUGUCCACAGCCAGCCAUUGGUGGUGUCCACCAAUGUGGGAAAAGACAUGACUGCUUUUCUCAAGAAGCUUCGAGAUGCUGGACAUCCCACACCUGCAUGUCCCAGGAAGUCUCUGACACCAGUGAAAGUACCCACUCCUGCUGAGCCAGAGGAGGAUUUCCUUAUUCUGGAGGAUGAUGACCUUUUUCGGUUUUCUAUCCCAAGUAAAGCUGCCACCAGUAAAAAACAGAGACAGGGCCGAACCACCAGCAUUGAGAAAGACAGCUCAACAGACACGGGCAAGAAGGAUAGCUCAUUAGAGACUGCACCAAAACCGCAGGAAUCAGAACAGACGACGCACAAACUGGGAAGUCAGACUGUCACAACAAAGAAGGGGAAAUGGGGAAAUAAGAAGAUGGAGGCUGAGCCGGAAAGUUAUAAGCAGGAAUUGCCCCCUCCUGAGGAUCUUGCUGCAGGCAACUUAAUGGUAGAAGAGAAACUAAUCAAAAAGAAACAACGGCUAAGGAAAGUAACAUCGAAAGAAAGUGACAAGGAAGAAGAGCAACCCGAACAUGGAGCCAGCGGGGAAACGCAGGAAGAACAACCAACUCAGAAAAGGGAGAAAAAAGCUUCGCAGUCUUCUGACGUGAAGAGGCCGACAUCUUUAAAAGACGGGAAUGAAACUGCACAGACGAGCAGGGCCAAGUCACGAAAGGGGGCCAGAAAAGUGGACCACGGAUCUGACGCCGCGAAGCAGACGAUGAAGGAACAAAGCCAGAGCACUGAGGAGGCUGCAGAUGCUGAAAACCGUGGUUCUCUUCCUGAAAAAGACAUCAUGAAUUCUGAAGCACAGAAAGAAAAGGAUGUGGCAGGUAAAAAGGAGAAACGCAACAAAAUACCAGUUGUGAGUUCCUCUGAAGACACUCCAAUUCUUGGGAAUAGGAAAAGGAGGCAUUCUGGACAGUGGUGGUUGUUGGACCAACAGAUUUCAGAGAAAACCAAGUUUACAGACAAAAAGACCCAAAAAAACACACUCAAAAAGUCCAAGCAGCCCAACCCAGAGCCCAGCGCAGCCGUACCGUCACCUGUAAAGACCAAGAAGGACCCAGCUUUGAAGAAAAGGAACCAGACACCGCCGGCUCCGCCAUCCAGUAGGAACACAAAUAAAGCUAAAGGUCAGAAAUCUAAACCAAACAAAAAUACAAGAGACGGCAGUCGACCAGAUGAAGUUAUUCAAGUGAUUGAGGCGGAGCUCUUUGAAGAGCAGCCACAGCAGGAGGUGGGGGACCAGGACCUGGAUGGACAGUCGAGCCCUUUGGUCCACUCACGCAGAGACCACAGCCAUAACUCAGGGGAUCAGGUGUUCCAAAGAGUAUACAAUCAUUCCUUGAAUAAAAAACUGUCCGCUCCGGCGCCCGUCUCCCCCAGAGGGCGUGAGGACCAGCUCUCCGUAUCGGCGAGGCGGAGGCGGAAACCUCCCGGCAGGUGGUGGAAGGUUGAGGACAUGUGUGAGGAUGUGGAGAGCAUCUCCUCCCAGCAGCAGCGGCCCGAGCCUCGUAAGGAAAGACAAAAAGUGUCUGAACGGAGCAGAUCGCCUCAACUUGGGACUCUCAAAAAUAGCCACAUGGCAGUCUCAUCCAAACCGCAAGGGGGAGCUCCCGUCUCUCUCCUGGAACUGAAGCCAACGUCGGCGCCAAAGACUGUGAAACGCUCCCUGGCCAUGUUCAAAGACAUCGACACGCUGGUCACAGAGACCCCGGUGGCUGUGGGCAACAGGAGAGAAGCGCGGCAGAAGAACAGCCGUGAAGUCACCGCUCGACCUGCGCAGGAAGUCACUGCUCCUGUCCGUAAAGCGUCCAGCGAAAGGACCGAUGGAGACAUCCUCAGCAUGGAUGAUGUGGAACCCAGGAGUCCACAUGGCGGCCCUUCCAACCACGAGACGCCACAGAACAGCAACUGUCAGUCGGAGAACCGGUUAAAGCUCCUCAGAAGUGGGCCGUCCUCCAUGAUUGAGCUGAAAGAGUAUGAGGAGGAAGAGGAGGACAACUUGAUUCCGAUGCCACCCAGCUUCCACGCUGCUCUCUCUGUGUCCGAUCUGUGUGCGCCUCCUCUCAAACCACUGGUCUUACAGCCAAAGGACAAGGCCAACAUGACCGAGUGGUUCAAGAGUCUCUGGUCUGUUCCCAGCGACAAAGGUGCUGAGGUCACUCCAGACCAGUUUGAUUGGUACUUCUAUCAAGGCCGAGCCAUCGGCUUCCUGGUGGAUCUGAACUGUCGCUCCUUCUGUAAUGGAAAGAUCCUGCUGGGCUCCUACAUGAAGAAGCCUCUGUGGGUGGAUCACAGCGCCACGACGGUUUUUAACUUAUUAACGAGCUCUGUGAGUGUAACCAUCGACGGCAAGGAAUCCUGCUUCAAUUCCGGACAAUCCUUUAUGGUGGAAUGUGGACACGCCUACAACAUCCAGAACGCCACUGCUCAGCCGGCCGUGCUCUACUUCACCAGGAUGUUUGCAGAAAGUUCAGAUUGAAGCCGGAUAACCAGCUGCAUGUUUCUUAGAAAUAAUCACAACCUGAAUAUGUCAAACUUAAAUUGAUUGACUUUUCUGUUUUGAAAUUUAAGGUGUAAAUAGAAAAAAAACAUUGGUGAGAUUUGAAGGAACUUAUUUGAUCCUUAGCUGAGCUUGUAAUGAUACAGUUGUUUUAAAUGCAAAAGGUAUUUGUAAAUGACUUUGUUUGCUUGUUUUUAAAUUUCCCCCAUGAUGUUUCAUGUAUUGUUUCCAGCCUCUGAGGGGCAGUGUACAGCUGUAGUCCAAUACCACUACCAAUAAAUCAACAAUCCGAUCUCUA